ACUCUCCUUUCUAUCUCAGUCCUUUGAAUUCCUAAGAUUCCCCCACUCUCUUAACCUCUCAACUUAAACCUCUUAUAACCCAAGUUUAGAUUAAAGCUCACACAAACCAUACAAAUAGAAAAAUAAUGGAUACAGAGUGCCAAAGCCAGUUAAGCACUUGGAAUGGCUAUGUUGAUUGGAAAAAUAGGCCUGCACUUACUAAUAGACAUGGUGGAUUACGUGCUGCCUCGUUCGUAUUGGUGGUGGAGGUGUUGGAGAAUUUAGCAUAUUUGGCAAAUGCAAGCAACUUGGUACUCUACUUUUCAGAGUACAUGCAUUUUUCACCAUCAAAGUCAGCAAAUUCUGUGACAAAUUUUAUGGGCACUGCAUUUCUAUUGGCACUUCUUGGUGGAUUCUUAUCUGAUGCCUUCUGUACUACUUAUUAUAUCUAUCUCAUCAGCGCACUCAUCGAAUUUCUGGGGCUAGUGGUGCUCACCAUACAGGCUCGUUCGGGGUCGUUGAAGCCACCAAAAUGCGACCUUCAAGCAGCACCGAAUGUGCCUUGUGAACAAGUUCAUGGUGCACAAGCUGCAAUGUUGUUCAUUGGGCUCUACCUAGUGGCAUUGGGCGUGGGGGGUAUAAAGGGAUCACUCCCACCCCACGGUGCUGAACAGUUUGAUGAAACAACUCCACAAGGAAGAAAGCAAAGAUCUACUUUCUUCAAUUACUUUGUGUUUUGCCUCGCCUUUGGAGCUCUCAUUGCAGUGACAUUUGUGGUUUGGGUGGAAGACAAUAAGGGUUGGCAAUGGGGAUUCGGGAUUUCAACAUUUGCUAUAUUUCUGUCUAUCCCAAUCUUCCUUGCUGGUUCGCCGUUCUAUAGGAACAAGAUACCUUGUGGAGGCCCUCUUACAACAAUCAGCAAGGUUCUAAUUGCUGCCUUGCUAAAUUGUGGUGCAUCAAGAAACUCAACUAGUGCCAUAGCAAGUAUGACUUCAAGCCCUUCUCCUCCAAUUCCAACCGGCAAGGAAUGUAGCGAAAAUUCAAACAGAAAAGAGGUAGGGUCAAUUGAGACUCCAUCAACCAGCCUUAGCUUCCUUAAUCGGGCUGUUUCAGAUACACCAGCUUGUAGUGCAUUACAAUGCUCAGUGCAACAAGUGGAAGAAGUCAAGAUUGUGAUGAAAAUCCUCCCGAUUUUCUCUUGUACCAUCAUGCUCAACUGCUGCCUUGCUCAACUUUCUACAUUCUCUGUCCAGCAAGCAGCCUCAAUGAACACAAAGGUUGGUUCUUUAAAAGUCCCACCGGCUUCACUCCCCAUUUUCCCCGUCCUAUUCAUCAUAAUCCUAGCACCAGUUUACGACCACUUCAUCAUCCCAUUUGCUCGUAGAGUAACCAAAACAGAAAUGGGCAUCUCUCACCUCCAACGCAUUGGCAUCGGUUUGUUCCUCUCCAUCGUGGCAAUGGCCAUUGCAGCCCUUGUUGAAAUCAAACGCAAAAGAGUAGCUACUAACUCAGAACUUCUCGACUCCACCAAACCGUUGCCUAUAACAUUCUUUUGGAUCGCGUUUCAGUACUUGUUUCUCGGAUCAGCUGAUCUUUUCACACUAGCAGGGCUACUAGAAUUCUGUUUCUCAGAAGCACCAGUAAGUAUGAGAUCAUUGGCAACAUCACUCUCAUGGGCUUCUUUAGCCAUUGGAUACUACCUCAGCUCGGUUAUAGUAUCUAUUGUCAACCGUGUAACGGGUAUUUCAACGAACAAACCAUGGCUCUCGGGUAGCAACUUGAAUCACUACCAUUUGGAAAGGUUCUACUGGCUGAUGUGCAUACUCAGUACAUUAAACUUUAUGCACUACCUAUUUUGGGCUACUAAAUACAAGUAUAGAUCAGCAAGGUCCAGCAAGUAAACAUAAAAUGUGUCAUUUCUACGACUCAAAAAGAUGUCAGCAUUGCUAUGCAAGUUCAUUGACAAGAACUUGUGGAGUCAGUCUUAACAGAGGAAGAUGUGUAUAGAGGGGAAGAAAACAUCAAAUUCAAGAACGUUAAACCCGUGACGCAUUGGCCCUCUUGCCAGACUCACAGCAGGAAUUCUAACGAGGGGUUCGAAAAGAUGCAAGAAUGUCACACCUAGGAUUGAAGCAAUUUUUUUUAGCCAUCUUUGUUGCCAAGUGUAAAGAGUGUUGAACAAUUAUAUAUAUAUAUAUAUAUAUAUGACUAAUUUUGUUUUACUCUA